CUUUGCUACUUCUCUGUCUCUUGUCUAUGCUCUGUGUUUAUUUAUAUAUUUCCUAAAAACAAAAUAAAACCAAACUCGAUGGAUUGGUUUCUUCGCUUUACACAAUCCCAACGCACUUCUCUCAUUCUUCUUCGUCUUCUCCGAUGCCACCAAAUAUCUAUAGGCUGUCCUUCUUCUCAUCCCUACUCUGUUUCUUCUUCAUCCCCUGUUUCUCUCUCGACGAACAAGGUCAUGCUCUCUUGUCAUGGAAGUCACAAUUGAACAUCUCCGGCGACGCUCUUUCCUCCUGGAACGUCGCCGACACAUCUCCCUGCAAUUGGGUCGGCGUAACUUGUAACCGUGGUGGAGAAGUUUCCGAGAUACAACUCAAAGGCAUGGACUUGCAAGUUUCUCCGUCGGUGACGAGUCUCCGCAGCCUCAAGUCUCUUACUUCACUCACUUUAUCUUCACUUAAUCUCACCGGGGUAAUCCCCAAGGAGAUCGGAGAGUUCACGGAGCUUGAAUUACUGGACUUAUCGGAUAAUUCUCUCUCCGGCGAUAUCCCCGUGGAAAUCUUCAGUCUCAAGAAACUCAAGACACUGUCGCUGAACACGAACAAUCUCGAAGGUCGGAUUGGGACGGAGAUUGGGAAUCUUUCGCAGCUUGUUGAGCUCAAGCUUUUCGACAACAAGCUAUCCGGAGAGAUCCCGAGGAGUAUAGGAGAACUCAAGAAUCUACAAGUCUUUCGUGCCGGUGGGAACAAGAAUCUAAGAGGUGAGCUUCCUUGGGAGAUAGGCAAUUGCGAGAAUCUUGUAAUGCUCGGUCUCGCCGAGACUAGUCUCUCCGGUAGACUUCCGGCGUCGAUUGGAAACCUGAAACGUGUUCAGACAAUAGCAAUUUAUACGUCUCUCUUGUCUGGUCCGAUUCCGGAUGAGAUUGGAAACUGUACAGAGCUCCAGAACCUCUACUUGUAUCAGAAUUCUAUUUCCGGAUCGAUUCCUACGACCAUAGGAGGACUAAAGAAGCUGCAGAGUCUACUCUUGUGGCAGAACAACCUCGUUGGGAAAAUUCCAACCGAGCUUGGGAACUGUCCCGAACUCUGGCUGAUCGACUUUUCAGAAAAUCUCCUCACCGGGAACAUCCCAAGAAGCUUCGGAAAACUUGAGAAUCUACAAGAGCUUCAGCUGAGCGUUAACCAGAUCUCUGGAACAAUCCCUGAGGAAUUAACGAAUUGCACAAAGCUUACGCAUUUGGAGAUCGACAAUAACCUCAUCACCGGCGAGAUUCCUCCAUUGAUGAGUAACCUAAGAAGCUUAACGAUGUUCUUCGGGUGGCAAAACAAGUUAACCGGAAACAUCCCGAAAAGUCUCUCUCAGUGUCUUGAGCUUCAAGCAAUCGAUCUCUCUUACAACAGUCUCUCUGGUCCCAUCCCAAAAGAGAUCUUCGGGUUACGAAACCUCACGAAGCUUCUUCUUCUCUCCAACGACUUGUCUGGUUUCAUACCUCCGGAUGUCGGAAACUGUACCAAUCUUUACCGGCUGAGACUCAACGGAAACAGACUUGCCGGAAGUAUCCCGACGGAAAUCGGAAACCUGAAAAAUCUCAACUUUGUUGACAUAAGCGAGAACCGUCUCGUCGGAACAAUUCCUCCGGCGAUCUCUGGUUGCGAAAGCCUCGAGUUUCUUGAUCUUCACUCAAACAGUCUCUCCGGUUCAUUGCUUGGUACACUUCCUAAAAGCUUGAAGUUAAUAGACUUCUCCGAUAAUGCUCUGUCUGGUCCUCUGCCUCCGGGAAUAGGAUUGUUAACAGAGCUUACGAAGCUCAAUCUCGCCAAGAAUCGAUUCUCCGGCGUAAUCCCUAGAGAAAUCUCCACCUGCCGGAGUCUACAGCUUCUCAAUCUCGGCGAAAAUGCAUUCUCCGGUGAAAUCCCAAACGAAUUAGGUCAAAUCCCGUCUCUAGCAAUCUCUCUCAAUCUCAGCUGCAAUGAGUUCGUCGGAGCAAUCCCGUCGAGAUUCUCCGACUUGAAAAGCCUCGGAGUACUUGACGUCUCUCACAACCGACUCACCGGGAACCUAAUCGUCUUAACGGAUUUACAGAACCUAGUCUCUCUCAACCUCUCCUUCAACGAUUUCUCCGGCGACUUACCCAAUACUCCCUUUUUUCGGAAACUCCCACUCUCUGAUCUCGCUUCCAACAAAGGGCUUUACAUCUCUAACGCCAUCUCAACCCGGUCCGACCCGACGAACCGGAACAGCUCCGCCGUACAAAUAACCAUUUUGAUCCUCAUCGUCGUCACCGCCGUCCUUGUUCUCCUGGCGGUUUACACUCUAGUUCGGGCACGAGUCGCCGGAAAACAACUCCUCGGUGAAGAAAUAGAUUCGUGGGAAGUGACGCUCUACCAAAAACUCGAUUUUUCAAUCGACGACAUCGUCAGGAAUCUGACGUCGGCAAACGUCAUCGGAACCGGGAGCUCAGGUGUGGUUUACCGUAUAAGCAUUCCCUCCGGCGAGUCACUGGCGGUGAAGAAAAUGUGGUCGAAGGAAGAGAGCGGUGCGUUUAACUCAGAGAUUAAAACUCUAGGAUCGAUUCGUCACAGAAACAUAGUUCGUCUUCUUGGUUGGUGCUCGAAUCGGAAUCUGAAACUCCUGUUCUACGAUUAUCUCCCUAACGGUAGCCUGAGCUCUCGGCUUCACGGCGCCGGAAAAGGAGGAAACGUUGGUUGGGAGGCUCGAUACGACGUCGUUCUUGGUGUGGCCCAUGCACUUGCUUAUCUCCAUCACGAUUGUCUCCCCGCAAUUAUACAUGGUGACGUUAAAGCCAUGAAUGUUUUAUUGGGUCCUCACUUGGAACCCUACUUAGCUGAUUUCGGUUUAGCUAGAACCGUCUCCGGAAUUGAUUUAUCAAAACCCGCCAACCGGCCUCCCUUGGCUGGCUCCUAUGGUUACAUGGCUCCGGAACAUGCUUCGAUGCAAUGUAUAACCGAACAGAGCGAUGUUUAUAGUUACGGAGUGGUAUUGUUAGAGGUUCUAACCGGGAAGCAUCCGUUAGAUCCUGAUCUGCCAGGAGGUGCACACUUGGUUAAGUGGGUGAGAGAUCACUUGGCUGAGAAAAAAGAUCCUAGCAGGCUUCUUGACCCGAGACUCAAUGGACGGACGGACUUGACAAUGCAUGAGAUGCUUCAAAGCCUUGCGGUCGCGUUCCUAUGUGUGAGCAACAAGGCAAACGAACGGCCUUUGAUGAAAGAUGUUGUGGCAAUGCUCACAGAGAUAAGGCAGGCUAAUGUUGGACGAUCAGAGUCUGGCAAGCUCAAAAGUGAUGGUUGCGGAAGCAAAGAGCCACAACAAUUGAUGUCGAAUGAGAAGAUCAUCAUUUCUCACGGUUCAUCUAACUGUUCAUUUGCGUUUUCGGACGACUCUGUUUGAAACAAACAAAAGGAAAAUUAAUAAUUUGUAAUUGAUAAAAUUGUGAGCUAUUGUAAAAGCUGUGUGAAUAUGUUUUUGUUGGAGCUUUAAUUUUUUUUUUUUUGGUAUAAAUACAACUGGAGGGUAAAAACUAGGAUUAAUUGGA